GGGUGUGCAGCCAUUGAUUGCAGGGGACAGAUGCAUAAAGAACCCCAGAAGCAGAGCAGGCUCCAUCCUCCAAGAGAGCCCUGAGGCUGUGCCUGUUCAGGAGAAAGCCAGGCUCCAGCAGCAACAUGUCUCAGCUGGAAACUGCAAUGGGAAUGACCAUUGCUGUCUUUGACCAGUAUGCAAGGACUGACGGCAACAGGCAAACCCUCAGCAAAGCAGAGCUGAAGACCCUCCUGGAAAAGGAGCUGCCAAAUUUCCUUGCGUUCCUCACAGCUGCUCUUACUGGCUCUACUUACUUCCUGCAACUGGUGGAAAAACUGGAAUUUUCCAGGAAGUCUGGGAAGGACAAGGAUGCUAUUGAUAAUGUCUUCAAGAACCUGGAUGAAAAUGGAGAUUCCCAAGUGGACUUCAAAGAAUUUGUCAUCUUUGUGGCAGCUCUGACUUGCUGCUGUCACAAAUAUUUUGAGCAGAAUGCAGCCAAGUAGUUGUCAAAUUACUCACAUAAGCUGUCUUUGCCUGUGCUCCAUAUGCUAGUGAUAUGGAUCCCUUCACUCCUUCCAUGUACUGCCAUGAAGUUUGCUAGCAUGCUGCACUGUAAAAAUAAACCCUACUGAGCUUAA